CGCCGAGCUGCUGCUCGCCCAGCCACUGACGGGCUGCUGCUCGCCCAGCCACUGACGGGCUGCUGCUCGCCCAGCCACUGACGGGCUGCUGCUCGCCCAGCCACUGACGGGCCCCCGGCGGCAACCCCGCUGUCCACACAUGUCCACAGGCGCGGUGGCGCGCACCGACGCGGACCGCGCCGCCGCCCACGCGGUGCGGCUGCGAAACUACUUCUACGGCCAGCCGUCGGCCGGGGGCGCCGCGCAGCUCUCGCCUCACUCGGUCGAGGUUGGCUUUGACGCCGUCGAGGUGUACCGCCUCUCGGAGGCGCCGCCUGCGCCUGCGACGGCGCUGCCCCUCGGGACGGAGUUUGCCGGAGAGCAGCUCCUCGCGACCCGGCUGGUCGGCGGCCAGCUGGCGCCGCUCGUCCACUCGCUGCUCGCCGUCGUCCGCUCGCCCUCGGGCAGCUGCGACGACCUGCUCGCCGCGCCGCUCGCCGGCGUCGUCCUCGUCUCCGCCGUCGACCUCGAGCGGCAGCGCAUCACGCUGCUGUCGCCCUCGCCGCUGCCGCUGCCGUCGAUGACGCUGCUCGCGGGGUCGCUGCGGUGGUCCGGCGCCUGAGGCGGGGUGGGGGGUGGGGCUUUCACUGCCCACGGCCAGGCUCGCACGAAUUUGCUUCACGUAUGUGCAUAUACAGCUUGCGCAUCGCGAGCCAGCGUCACUUGUUAUUCUCAUCUGUCGGUGAGCGCGCGGCGCGCUGCGGAAGUUUAUUUCGUGUUGGAGC